CCAUUCAGUCCGCCGAAUUGCCACUUUUCUCUCUCUUUCUCGUCUUGGCUCUCUUUUUGCACCUGUGCAAGUGUGUGUUUCGCUGCUCCCGCGGUGCGUGUGCCUGUCUGUGUGUGUGCGUGAGCUGCGGGGGGGGUGCAGUGCCGAGUGCAGUGGUGUUGGGGCAUCGGUGAGUGGGGCGCGCGCGCGCUUUUGCUUGCCGCAGUCGUCGCAGUCGACGUCGCUGCCGGCGUCGACGUUUGUUGUUUGCGCCUAACAAACACUCGCAGCGGUUUUUGUGCUGACUUUAGAUUUUAGUUUUGCUGAUACCGUAAGAGAUAAAUGACGUGCCGCGGCGAGCGACGAAUUAGCGGCCCAAAACAGAAGAAAACUCAGCAGCCAAAACACAAACAGAAGGCAGAAAGCCAGUAAAAGAAAAACAGAGUCGAGCAACAAGCAAAUGUUUGGCCAAGCCAACAAACCUAAUGUAAUAGCUAAAAUAGCGAAAUGUGUUUAAGUUAGUCUAAAAACGUCCACAAUUAGUGCAAAAAAGUUCAAAAUGUUAUAAAUUUUGGAAAAUCUAACGAAUACCUCAAGCGUAAAGAAGUAACAAAAGUAGAAACAAACAACGAACCGAGUGCAAAAACUUAGUGCAAUUUAUCCCCAAAACGAAAGCAAAAAAUUCAGAGCCCCAACAAGCUGGCAUAAGAACCAUGUCAGAAGUGUGAAACGCUGCGUAUACGCAAUAUCGCAAUAUCGCCGAACCCAAUAACGCAGACAUCACGCAUACGCCGCGUCGUGCAAAAUGAUUAUGGUGCAACAUUUGGUGGCCGCCACGGCUCACAACUUCGCCAGCCAGGCGGCGGCAUCCCUCGUCAAUGUGUCCAGCUCCAGUUCGAGUUCCAGUUCGAGUUCGAGUUCGAGUUCCUCAUCCUCGCUCUCCUUGUCGUCCUCCUCGUCGAGCUCCUCGCUGUCGUCGGCCACGCCCACGCCGGUGGCCUCGCCCCUGACGCCCACAUCGCCACCGCCGGCAGCCGCCGCGCCCGCAGAAGCCUCACCGCCAGCAGGAGCCGAGUUGCAGGAGGAGGCGAAGCAGCAGCAGGAUGCGGCGCUAAAGGACCAAGAAAAGAGAAGGAGGAGCAGGUCAAGGGGGGAGGAACCAGGUGCCAUAGUCGAUACCGAGUCAGUGUUGGCGCGGCAAAGUCCAAGUCCAGUUGCGCCCACCAAAGUCCCCGAGUCACCAGUGGAGGAGGAAUCCCCGAAGUCGCCGCCCGCUAAAGACGACGAAGAGGAGUCGGAGUCCGUUGCCUCGGACUGUCGCGAGUUCAAAGUGCUCUACAAUCACCUGCGGCAGCAGCAGCACCACCACCAGUCUCCCGUUUCCCCGGACAAGACGCGCAGCACUUUGGACGACGUCUCCAAGAUCCUUUGGGAGCGAAAGCAGCAGCUGCAGCGCAGCUCCGUGAUUACCGCCGCACCCACGCUGCAACACCAACACCAACACCAACAACAACACCAACACCAACAACAACAGCAGCUGCAGCAGCAACCGAUGAGCGACAUCGAGGACGAGGAGACGCUGGAGGACGUCGACGAUGCGGACGCGGAUGUGGAGGCGGACGGCGAGGACGAGGAGCUGCUGGAGCAGUACCAGGAUGGCUACGACUCCCCGCUGGACUUGUCCCUCGGCGGGGCAAGCAGUGCCGCCGCUUCGGCCGCUGCAGCAGCCGCUGCUGCCUCGGCGGCCAGCCGAAGAAGGGGACGCACUUACUCCGGCACCGAGUCCGACGACUCCGCGCAGUGCGAGCGGGCCAGGAUGCGUCUCAAGCCGGAGCGCAAGGCGGAACGUUCGGCGGCCUACAAGAAGAGCUUGAUGAAGCGAUACUACACCGAAAUUCCUAUUGUCAAACAAUCAACGAGUCCGGCACCGCAGCAGCAACACCAGCAACAGCAACACCUGCAGCAGCACCAGCAACAGCAGGCGCACAAUGCGGCAACAUUUGCCGGCGCCACCGCGCUGCUCCACAUCAAGACGGAGCAGAACGCGCUGCUCACGCCGCUCCAGCUGCAACAGCAACAACAACAACAGCAGCAGCACAGCUUGCACGGUGCAACAGGCAACGGUGGCAGCAGCAACGGCAACAGUGCCCACCAGCAGCAACAACCGCUGGCCAUUCCGCACCGCCCGCUGCUCCACAAUCUGCUCAGCGGCGGUGCAAUCCACAAUCCGCACCACAGAAACUACACUACGGCCACAACAGGUUCAUUUCCGCCCAGUCCCGCGGACAGCGGCGUCUCCGACGUGGACAGCUCCAGUUCCGGCGGCCAGCCCUGCGCCGACGAGCUGAAGGCGCGGCUGGGCAUGCCGGCGGCCACCUCGGCGUCGGCAGCGGCGGCGGCAGCAGCGGCGGCGGCGGCAGCGGCACACCUGCACACGGGCACCUUUCUGCAUCCGAAUUUAUACCAGAACAAUGCGGCGAAUUCGCUGCGGAACAUAUGGAAUCGCAGUGUCGGGGUGCCCGACAACUAUUACGGAAGCAGUGGCGCCGGCAGCGCGGGCGGGCAGCCGGGAGUGCCGGGCAACCCGCAGACGCCGGGAGGCUACCUGGCCACGUCCUACUUCAGUGCGCCGUCAGCGGCGGCGGCGGCGUCGCAGCGCGGCAACCCCAUCAACGGCUAUCAUUCCCUGCACCAGCAGCAGCAGCAACAGCAGUCGCAGCAAGCGCAGCAGCAGCAACAGCAGCAGCAGCAGCAGCUGACCCACCAGCAACUGUCGCACCAGCAGCAACAGGCGUUGCACCAGCAACUGUCGCACCAACAGCAGCAACAGCAGCAGCAGCAACAACAGCAGCAACAACAACACCCGCACUCGCAGCUGAACGGUCCGCAUCCGCACUCACAUCCGCACUCGCAUCCGCACGGACAUCCGCAGUCGGGUGCCGGCCAGCACACGCAUUCCACAAUCGCCGCCGCGGCCGCAGCAGCCGCCUCCGUGGUAAGCAGCAGCAGCAGCGUGGCAGCGGCGGCCAUGCUGAGCGCCAGUGCGGCGGCAGCGGCGACAGCGGCGGCGGCAGCAGCGGCGGCGGGGGGCGGCGGGGGAUCGCAGAGCGUGAUCCAGCCGGCGACGUCCAGCGUCAGCUACGAUCUCUCCUACAUGCUGGAGCUGGGCGGCUUCCAGCAGCGGAAGGCGAAGAAGCCGCGCAAGCCGAAGCUCGAGAUGGGCGUGAAGCGGCGCAGCCGGGAGGGCUCCACCACCUACCUGUGGGAGUUCCUGCUGAAGCUGCUGCAGGACCGCGAGUACUGUCCGCGCUUCAUCAAGUGGACGAACCGGGAGAAGGGCGUCUUCAAGCUGGUCGACUCGAAGGCCGUGUCCCGCCUGUGGGGCAUGCACAAGAACAAGCCGGACAUGAACUACGAGACGAUGGGCCGGGCGCUGCGCUACUACUACCAGCGCGGCAUCCUGGCCAAGGUGGACGGCCAGCGGCUGGUCUACCAGUUCGUCGACGUGCCCAAGGACAUCGUCGAGAUCGACUGCAACGGCGUCUGAGGAUCAAGGGGGUUCGCCUGUAAAUAGGAUUCGAUGCGAUGUGCGAUCCAACUGGAAUGGAAUGGCAAUAGGUUCUCUGGGUUGGGGCAAUUGUGAAAAGAAAACAAAUCAACCGGCUAGCGGCAAUAGUGGCUGAAACAAAAGGCCACGCGAGGUGGGGAUUUCUUUGUAUAUGCGUUGAGUUUUUGGUUAGCCAGCGAUAAGCAUAAGUUACACAUAGCUGAUAGUCCCAAUACGCGUAAACAUAUACUUAUAUAUACAUGCAUAUAUAUUCACACCCUGUGUCCUGUACCCUAUACAUACACCCAGCUAAAUCGGCUAAAUCGGCGGUAAUUGAUGAUCUAUUCAUUGGCGUUAGUGUUGUACUUGUAACUGUAGUUCUACCUGUAAACUGUAACUGUAACUGUAAUGAAUAUUGUUAUUAUUGGUUAUUAUUAUUAUUAUUACUAUUAUGAAUAUUAUUAUUGCUAUUGCUACCAGACCGAAUUGAUUCAUAUUGAUAUUCGAUAAACGUGUGUAAUAUGUAAAUGAGUACGAGCCCUUAUAGCUGCAAGAAAUUCUCCAACUCUAACCCUAACUCUAUCUCUAUCGAUCUAAAUCUAAAUCUAAAGCUAAAUCUAAAUCUAAAUGUAUAUGAGUAUGUAUAUGCCUAGCCUAAUACCCUUUCAACUGCCCCCCAAAACCCCCCCGCUGCCCAAGGACAAGCACAGUGCAAGAAAGGAUGUGAGCCUUACCUUUAUAUAGAUGCGUAUAUAUGCGGAUCGGAACGAUCUGCGCGGUGUCUGCGUGCUUGGGCUAAUUGUUUUUGUUGCUUAUUUUAUAAACGAAGAGAGAUGGAAAUUUAUUAUUUCAUAGUUUUAGCUACUUUUACGAUUACGCCUAGGUUAUUUAUUUAAGUGUUUCUCCAGCUAAACCCCUUAACUUCGCCCCCCAAACAAAAACACAAAACACACACACACUUCCUAACUGGAGCUGCGAACCCAGAUAACUGGUGGUCUAAACUUUCUUGUAAUUAUUAUUUGAUAAGUUUUGUAUAUUUACAACAUCAACAGCAAAAAGAUGAUCAUGAUAAAUUCGAAGACAAGCACUCCUUGAGCCAUCGUUUGAGCAGUCUUAGAACAGCAAACCAGCCAAACUCAAUCCUCUCGAUCUGAAGUUUAUCUUUAAAGCGUAAAGUAAUCAAACGUAUUCUUGUUAACGUCACACUGCCAGAAAUCGAACAGAACCGAGAUACUGACCAUAGUUUCAACAACCUUAACUGCAACUGCAACUGCAACUGCAACAGCAACCUGCAACCUGCAAUCCUCAAUGCAAUAUACCGACAACUUUUACAACAAUUUCCAAACACUGCCCAAAACGUGCAAUCUCUUAGAAGGAAACUUUGAGCCUUGAAUAGGAAAAGAGAAUAAAACCAACUCCUAGUUCUUUAAUCUAUUUCUUUAAUAGUUGCGUUCUCUAAGUACCUUUAUCUAUUAUCAUUAUUAUUAUGUGUACGUGAAGAUGAAGUCUACAAUAUAUCAUUUUGUUUAUGAUGAUUGGUGAUUGAUGAUGCAAAUAAACAAAGUGAGUCUUGAGUUCAACUCUGUUCAUUGUAAACAAUUUUUUAUGAUUAUUUUUUAUUUUUUAAAUAAAAUUAUUAUUUCAA